CCCCGACACACGUCUCUCCCUCAUCAAACCUCCCACAAUAAACCUCCCACAAUGAAGUCAGCACGCCUGCAGCAGCGUGCGCUUGGAUAUGCUGCAGCCGCAUCCGUCUUCAACGUCCCGGAACUUCUCGAGAACAUUCUCUCCAACCUAGACCUGCGAACUCUCCUCACCUCCGCUCAACGCGUCAGUCGACGUUGGCGUGCUACUGUCACUGGUUCACCAUUGCUCCAGCGCCUUCUGUAUCUUGAACCCGAGCAACAGCGAAACGGACACCGAGUGCCUAACCCGUUGCUGGUGGAAGCCUCCCCUGCUUGUUUCUACCACAACCCGAUCGGCUGCGAUCAAGUCUUUUUCGACUCGGAUAUGUGCAGAACGUCCUCAUCGAAGGCCUUUAUGUUUCCUGGGGCGACUUGGCGCCGCAUGCUGUUGACCCAAAUACCGAUCGAGAGACUGGGCUGCUGGACGUCCGAAUACGAACGUGGUAGCCUUGGUGACGACACUACCUGGAUGUUCAAGAUCCUAGAGUUUCCAAGCGGCCUACGCAUGGGCAAACUAUACGAUCUAUGCCAACGCUGGGUGAGCACAACGUCUAGCGCGAAUUUCGCGCUCUUCUGGGAGCCUACGACAGUGCGGGAGUACGAUUUCUUCAAGCAGACCGUUGAACCCAGGCGGAUUGAGGCGCUCCGUGAGUGUGGAGCUGCUGUGGAGCUGCUGUGGAGAGGUGAGCGGCGGAAUGGUCCGAGCAAGCAUUCGAAAAAGGACGUCGCUACUUUUCGCCGGCGGUUCACCUAUAGGGAUGAGAAUGCUACGUAUUCGCUGGAACCGGCGCGAGACAGCGGGUAUAAACCCCCGACGCAGUGGGCAGCUGAAAAGAAUUUCUACGACUUUUAGUAGUGUGCUGCAGCUCAUAAUGGGUUUGUGCACGUGCGGGUUGUAGGAACUUGGUUUUCGGAAAUGCUGGUAGGGGCGUGGAGAAAAGAAGCUCAACAUUGUGCCACCAUAUCCACUUGGGCCCCGGCGGAUUCCCUGCUGGUGAAGAUAACUAUCACCACCUCUACUCUAUGCCCCUCGACGCGGGAAUGACCGCAAGCCGCCCUUAUUCUUUUGGAAGCUCCUCUUCCUCUCCUGGUUGCAUUGCCCCCUGCGCUGCGGCAAGAUGGUGGGCAGAGAAGGUGUCGCGGUCUUUGAGGCUCUUCCUGGAUGGCUUUCGGGAAGGUGAUUAUGAUUAUAACACGCACUAUAAAUAUAGUUUUUCAGGCUGUGUGGAGC